UGCACGCUUGAGCCCUGCUGGACGUCCCCAGAAGUUUUGCAAGACUCAGCUGCCAAGGAAAGUGAACAAUGAAGCCACCAUUUCUUUUGGCCCUUGUGGUGUGUUCUGUAGUCAGCACAAAUUUGAAGAUGGUGUCAAAGAGAAAUUCUGUGGAUGGCUGCAUUGACUGGUCAGUGGAUCUCAAGACAUAUAUGGCUUUGGCAGGUGAACCAGUCCGAGUGAAAUGUGCCCUUUUCUACAGUUACAUUCGUACCAACUAUAGCAUGGCCCAGAGCACUGGGCUCAGGCUGAUGUGGUACAAAAACAAAGGUGAUUUGGAAGAGCCCAUCAUCUUUUCAGAGGUCAGGAUGAGCAAAGAGGAAGAUUCAAUAUGGUUUCACUCAGCUGAGGCGCAAGACAGUGGAUUCUACACUUGUGUUUUAAGAAACUCGACAUAUUGCAUGAAGGUGUCAAUGUCCUUGACUGUUGCAGAGAAUGAAUCAGGUCUGUGCUACAAUAGCAGGAUCCGCUAUUUGGAAAAAUCUGAAGUCACUAAAAGAAAGGAGAUAUCCUGCCCAGACAUGGAUGACUUUAAAAAGUCCAAUCAGGAGCCUGAUGUUGUGUGGUACAAGGAAUGCAAGCCAAAAAUGUGGAGAAGCAUCAUAAUACAGAAAGGAAAUGCCCUUCUAAUCCAGGAAGUUCAAGAAGAAGAUGGGGGAAAUUACACCUGUGAGCUUAAGUAUGAAGGAAAACUUGUAAGAAGAACAACUGAAUUGAAAGUUACAGCUUUACUCACAGACAAACCUCCCAAGCCAUUGUUCCCCAUGGAGAAUCAGCCAAGUGUUAUAGAUGUCCAGCUGGGUAAGCCUCUGAACAUCCCUUGCAAAGCAUUCUUUGGAUUCAGUGGAGAGUCCGGACCAAUGAUCUACUGGAUGAAAGGGGAGAAGUUUAUUGAGGAACUGGCAGGUCACAUUAGAGAAGGUGAAAUAAGGCUCCUCAAAGAGCAUCUUGGAGAAAAAGAAGUUGAGUUGGCACUCAUCUUUGAUUCAGUGGUGGAGGCUGACCUGGCAAAUUAUACCUGCCAUGUGGAAAACCGAAAUGGACGAAAACAUGCAAGUGUUCUGCUGCGUAAAAAGGAUUUAAUCUACAAAAUUGAACUUGCAGGAGGCCUGGGAGCAAUCUUUCUCCUCCUUGUACUGCUCGUGGUCAUCUACAAAUGCUACAAUAUUGAAUUGAUGCUCUUCUACCGACAGCACUUUGGAGGUGAUGAAACUGCAGAUGACAACAAGGAAUAUGAUGCCUAUCUCUCUUACACAAAAGUGGACCAAGAUACUUUGGAAUGUGACAACCCUGAAGAAGAGCAGUUUGCUCUUGAAAUACUGCCAGAUGUGCUAGAAAAACACUAUGGAUAUAAACUCUUCAUCCCAGAAAGGGACCUAAUUCCAAGUGGAACCUACAUUGAAGAUCUCACAAGAUGUGUUGAGCAAAGCAGAAGACUCAUUAUUGUGCUAACUCCAGACUAUAUUCUCAGACGAGGAUGGAGUGUUUUCGAAUUGGAAAGCAGACUCCAUAACAUGCUAGUCAGUGGAGAAAUCAAAGUGAUUUUGAUUGAAUGUACAGAAUUAAAGGGGAAGGUGAAUUGCCAGGAAGUGGAAUCACUAAAGCGCAGCAUCAAACUUCUGUCCUUGAUCAAGUGGAAGGGACCCAAGAGCAGCAAAUUAAAUUCUAAGUUUUGGAAGCACUUAGUAUAUGAAAUGCCCAUCAGGAAAAAAGAAAUGCUUUCUCGGUGUCAUGUUCUGGACUCCGCAGAACAAGGACUUUUUGGAGAACUCCAGCCUAUACCAUCUAUUGCCAUGACCAGUACCUCGGCCUCUCUGGUGUCAUCUCAAGCUGACCUCCCAGAUUUCCACCAUUCAGGUUCGAUGCAAAUGAGGCACUGUUGCAGAGGUUAUAAACACGAGAUGCCAACCACCACCUUGCCAGUACCUUCCUUAGGCAACCACCACACCUAUUGUAACCUGCCUCUGACACUACUCAAUGGACAGCUACCCCUUAAUAAUGCCCUGAAAGAUACCCAGGAAUUUCAUAGGAACAGUUCCCUGCUACCUUUAUCAUCCAAAGAGCUUAGCUUCACCAGUGAUAUUUGGUAGCGGAAAAUCUGAAGUCUUCUGAACAGCUAUGUGAGCAUAAAAAUUUCUGCUAUACCAAGCAAAAAGUACACCUAAUAACAUUGAGGUGCUGAAAAGGUGUUCAAAGAAAAAGGCACAGAAAUCACUUUUGUAUCUAAUUUUUUUUGUUUACAUUUCCAGAGUAGUGGGGG